AUGAAAAUCAAGAUAUGCAAAUAUUCGAUUAUUCAUCUGACAUUUGUUUUAUUACUUUUCAAUUGGACUUUUGCUGAGAUAAUCAAGAAACCACAUAAAGUUCUCGCAAAUGCAUUUCAUGUUAGACUUACUUCUUCACCCUUCACAUCAACCGCUGAACAUAUUGAAGCCCAACAUGCUAAUUUUCAUAGAGAGUUAAAUAAACGUGGGAUCGAUGUCAAAAUUAAACAUUCAUUCAAACGAUAUACAAACGUAAUUAGCAUUGAAACCGAUGAAAGCAAUGUUAAGAGAAUCGUCGAAAUCGAGCACGUUGAAAGUGUCGAACCCGUGAAAAUUUAUAACCGGUUUAAACCAAGUAACCCGAUCGAAAUUAACAAAAAAAAAUCGAAUAAAGUUUCCGAAACUCAUCUUAAUGCAACAGUUCUAAUUGCUCCUAAUAAUGACAUUAAUGCUAUUCAUGAAAUUACUGGUGUCAAGAAGGUUCACGAAAUAUUAAAACUCUCUGGAAAAGGUGUCAAAGUCGGAAUCAUUGAUACAGGUAUCGAUUAUACACAUCCUGCUUUGGGGGGAUGUUUUGGACCAGGAUGUAGAGUUGCAUUUGGGUAUAAUUUUCUUAAUGAUACAAACGACCCAUAUGAUAGUUGUGAUGGACAUGGAACUAUUGUAGCAGGAAUUAUCGGUGGUAAUGAUCAAAGUGAUGACGGACCUGGAUAUGUAGGUGUAGCACCUGAUGUAGUUUUCGGAGUAUAUAAAGCAAUUCCUGUUUUUUGUCCAGAAAGUGAUGAUGAUAUCGAUGAAAAAGGCGUAAUGAUAAAUGGACAAAAAAUUAUCGAAAUUAUAGAAAUCUUACUAAUGAAGGCUAUCACCAAGGCUGUCGAUGAUGGAAUGGAUAUCAUAAAUAUGUCAUUAGGAUAUGAGGGAGACGAUAAUAGUCCCCUUGGACAUAUGAUCAGUGAAUUGGCUGAAAAUAGAGGAAUAAUAUUUAUAAUCGCAUCAGGAAAUGAAGGUGAAUCUGGCGUAUUUGGUAGCAUGUUUCCAUCGAAUGUUCAAAAUAGUAUUGGUGUAGGUUCUUUCAGAACAGAUAAAGUUGUUAAUUUUAAAGCUUUUGAUUCGAAGAAUCCAAACUUUGUCAUUAACUAUGUUACACAAAGUGCAUUGGCAUUUUCUUUCCAAAGUGCUAAAGUUAAAUUGCUUCCAAUGGAUAAAUGUUUAAAUGAUUACAAAGAAUUUAAGGAUGAUGUAAUCAUCAUAGAUUUUAGACAUGGUAUACCAUGUUUGGAUAUAAUGGUUUAUUUCAACAACGAAAGCCUUAAACCAAUCGGGCGUUUAUUUAUUCUUCCUGAUAUCCUUGAAGGAUUAUUAUUGGACUUUGGAAAUAAUGCAAUUAUUGAUUCGAAACAAGGCGAUACUUUAAUUCAAUAUCUUAAAACAAAUACAGAUUUGGAAUUGGAUUUUUCUGAUAAGUAUGGAUAUAUGGAAUAUAAGUCAUAUUCCGUAGUUCCUUCAGUAUUUUCAAGUUGGGGUUUAAAUGAAGAGUUUGAUAUCAAGCCUGAAAUAUCCGCACCCGGACAAAUGAUGUUUUCAACCUUCCCAGUAAAUGUUGUACCUUAUGUGGUACAAUCUGGAACAAGUAUUGCUUCACCAUAUAUGACAGGCAUAGCAGCAUUGUAUGUUGAAAUAUUUGGAAAACAACAAUCAUUCGAACAACUGAAAACUGCACUCAUGAAUUAUGCUGUUCCUAAUCUAGAUCGCAAUAAUUUACUAGCUCCAGUUUUUAUUCAAGGAGCAGGACUCGUCGACGCUUUUAAAGUUUUGAAAGCAACUAGCUUUGUCUAUCCACCAAAAAUUAAUUUGAAUGAUACUGUUCACUUUAAUGGGAUUCAAAAAUUAAAUGUUUAUAAUAGCGGAAGAAAAGAGAUGAAAUAUAAAUUAUCACAUUUGCCAGCUCCAAGCUUUAAUGGAUAUAAUAAUACUCAUGAAAGAAAUUAUUUAAAUUUGGAAUAUUUCACAAAUCACGAACAAUAUGCUAGCGUUGUAUUUGAUUAUGAUCAAAUUUCUGUACCACCUGGUUCAAAUGUUGAAGUCUCUGUAACUUUUACUUUGCCAAAGGAAAUACCUAAGGAUAGACAUUUGUUUUAUAGUGGAUGGAUAGAAAUCAUUCCUGUAGAUGAGAACAUGCCGAUUAUGACCGUUCCUUAUGCUGGGUUAGCUGAUGAUGCAAGAUCGCUUCCAUUAUUUCAGACACCUUCAUUCCCUGCACUUAUUAAUUCGACUGGUGAUAUUGUCACCGAAGAGGAUCCGAUUGAAACAUACUCCUUAAAACCUUUUAAUGUUACUAAUGAUUUGUAUGAUUAUCCAACUUUAAAGCUUAAUCUUGCGACUCCUACACCAAAUAUUAUUACCGAAAUAUUGGAUGUCAAUAAAAAGCUGUUAGGAUGGGUUAAAGAUUUUACCGGAAUUAAAUUUCGAAAAAAUCCAGUAAUAUUAGCGGUUUAUUGGGAUGGAAUUAUUUAUUCUAAUCUUGAUAAUAAAGCAGAACCAGGUACACCCGCUCCAGAUGGAAAUUAUUUUUUUAAAAUUAAAGCGCUAAAAAUGUAUGGUGAUAUUAAUAACGAGAAUGAUUAUGAAUCUUGGAUUAGUCCUAAAUUCAGAAUUAAUAGAGGUGCAUGA